GCCAUUCUAUGCUCUUUGCUUACAUUCACAAGUAAUAGUAAGGGUACUAUGGCUAAAAACAUACAUGUAAAGAAUGUAUACAUCAUAAUUGCAUUGAUUUUGGUACUAUGUUGCAUAUUUAAUAAGGCUGAUACAAACAUUGAAAACACUAGACAAGAUGAAUCAAUGGGUGCUACAGAUAUACAUACUAGAGGGAUGGAGGUGAUACGUAGCGUUGGGCGAUUGGUAGACUUAGUAGAUGAAAUUGGAGCCACGAGUCACAGGGCGUUAAAAAGAAAUCAGGAUUUUGCAUUGUACGCUGCUGCACAAGGGCCGCCUUAUGAUGGCCCUUUUCAACCACAGGGCUGGAGAAGAAAAAGGAGAGACGCCUCCAAUGGAAAUAUUAUGGAUAUAACUUUACUAAAGGAUUUUGAUGAAGCGGAAAAAACAUUCGAAACAACUUUCCAUGAAUUUUUGAAUUCACUUGAAAAGAUACACUAUAAAUUUGCCCAGCGGCUUGAAAUAAGAACGGAUUGACUAAGUAACUAAUGGUAUAAUGUUGUGUAAUAGGAACUCUUUUUCCUAUAAUAUUCAAGCACAAAUGACGAAGAUGUUAUUGACUUCAACAACCAAAAACUUUUGAGAUAGGCCCCUAUUAUUAACAUCGGAAGUUUCUGCACAUUACGUUGGUAAUUUAAGACACGACAGAGCUCGAUGCUUCCAUGAUAUUUCAUAUGGUAAUACAUAGUGGUGUAAAAUAGACGUAAGGCUCGCCAAUGUUUGUUUUUUUUAUUACAGUGUUUGUCAUUUCAAAAUUCUGAAUAAUUCAGAUAUUAUUUUGCCUUUCAGUUUUAACUGAAUAAAGAAUGUUAUCGUUAUCAAA